CGACACGUCUACAACUCUCAUAACCCCACGCCGGAACACUUCGUCGUUCAACAAACUUACAUCGCAUCCCCUCUUCUUGCUUCAACUCAUCAUCUUCUGAAUAUCUGCCUUCGCCCGAUUGUCGUCUCCUCGGCCACUCGCUCUGGGCACCACACGUCAUGGCGCCGCCCAUCACACAGCCGCCCGAUGGCGAGGUCCUGGACCCCACGACCGAAGAGUUCUACGCAUCGUGGGGCUUGUGUAUCCUCUGUGUGCUCCUCAUUGGCGCGCUCUGCACAUCCUACUACCUCCAGCUUAAGCGAAUUCGUGCCAUCCAUGAAACAGUCAUUUCCAUCUUCGCCGGCAUGGUCGUCGGUCUCAUCAUUCGCAUGGCGCCCGGGCAUCUAAUCCGCGACAUGUUGACGUUCAAGCACACGCUGUUCUUCAACUUGCUCCUGCCCCCUAUUAUUCUCAAUUCGGGUUACGAGCUCAAGCAAGAGAACUUUUUUCGCAACUUUGGGGUCAUCCUUACGUUCGCGUUUCUGGGAACGUUCAUCUCGGCCGUGGGCAUUGGAGUGAUCGUGUACAUCUGGUCCUUCCUCGGCAUCGAGCACCUCAAGUUCAGCCUCCUCGAGUGUUUGAUCUUCGGAUCCACGCUCUCUGCGACCGACCCCGUCACCAUCCUGGCUAUCUUCAACACCGCCAAAGUCGACCCCAAGCUCUACUCGAUCAUCUUCGGCGAGAGCAUCCUCAACGAUGCCGUCUCGAUCGUCAUGUACGAGACCCUCUCGCACUUCCACAGCAAGGACAUCUACAUUUCCUCCCUCUUCCACGGAACUGGAAUCUUCCUGUUCUCGUUCCUGGGUUCCGUGUUCUUGGGGGUGGCUUUCGGCCUCGCGUGCUCCCUUGGCCUCAAGCACUCCCACCUUGCCAAGUACCCUCAGAUCGAAAGCUGCCUCGUUGCGCUCGUCGCCUACACUUCCUAUUUUUUCUCCAACGGUCUCCGCAUGAGCGGCAUUGUCUCGCUCCUCUUCUGCGGAAUCACACUCAAGCAUUACGCCUACCACACCAUGUCCAAGCGCACUCAGAGGACCACCAAGUACAUGUUCGCGGUGCUUGCCCAGCUGUCGGAGAACUUCAUCUUCAUUUACCUGGGGCUCAAUCUCUUUACCCAGGAAAUCCAGGUGUUCAAGCCCCUUUUUAUCUUGGUAUCCGCUAUCGCGGUAAUGGCCUCGCGUUACGCUGCCGUGUUCCCGCUCUCCGAGCUCAUCAACUGGGUCUUCCAUACGCGCGGCCAGCGUCACGAGGAACUCCCUCACUCGUAUCAGAUGAUGCUCUUCUGGGCAGGUCUCCGAGGCGCAGUCGGCGUCGCUCUGGCCAACGGUCUCAAGGGCGAGAACGCUGACGCACUCCGCACGACUGUCCUGGUGGUCGUCGUGCUUACCGUCAUCGUCUUUGGGGGUACAACUGCACGCAUGCUCGAAGUCUUGGGCAUCCGCGUUGGUGUUGAAGAUGAGGACGCCAGCUCGGACGAGGAGGAGGGCUGGGUAUCGCACUCCGGACAGUUGGCCCUCCAAAUGGGUCCAGGCAGCCGACGCUACGCGGGGGCCAAUGGGCAGGGGCUGUACGGGGACGAUGACAGUGUUGGAUUCGCCACCCCGCUGGACUCGCCCUAUCUCUCGACGACCCGCCGAAGCGCAGCGCGGCUAUCGUUGCCGCGCGAUGGAUCGCGCGCGGGCUUUUCGGUCUCCUCAGACGACAGCGAGGAGGAGCCACUUCCUUCUGGCUAUGGUGACCGCGGCGACGCCGAGGCUGAUGCCGCUGGUCCCGCCCGCCAGGGCAUGGUGUUCCGCGAUGGACAGUGGUUCACCAAUCUGGACGAGCGGUACCUCCUGCCGCUGUUCUCUAACUCUGUGACAGCUCGCCGGCAUCAUGCCAAGAAGGCGCGUCGGCAGGCAAGUCUGCGUGGGGGCAGCGAUUCCGCCUCUGGAACACCAAGAGGCGGGAACUCACUCGAACUAGCACGAGUUGAGGAUGACUACCCCGGUGCCGACGGCGAGAGUGAGAACGGCAAGGUCAAGGCCCCUGCAGCAGGGCGUAACUUUAGGUGAGUUGAUCAGUUGUGGCUGAGUGCAUCACUGUCGAUUACUGCGUUCGACGCAGGCGUCUUCAUUCUGCGGGCACAGUUCAGGAUCAUCGGUGGCGGCGGUGAGGCGUGACAAGACCAGUGCG